UAGAGAUUGCUAACAGACGUUGACGCAGAUUUUAUACCUAAUGUAAUGUGUUUAAGAGACUUUUAAAACACAUACAAAGACUUAGUUUAUCCUUGGAGGGUGAUUUAUCCGUUAAACCGUGUUUUUGUUGCCUCCCGUUCUUUGUUCGUAGCUUUUUAUACCACGUUGCUGAUCGGUAAACACAAGUAAAGGGAAAUUAGCGUGUUUAACGGCAGUGUUGUAUCAAGGAGAAGAAAGACUGAAGAACCAGGACGAAGACGAGAGAGAGAGAGACACAGCCGGAGAAGGAGCUCUGAGAGCAGCAUGGAGGAGAACAAAAAGACCCCUGGAGCUCAGAAACCGAAAGGAAAAGAGAGACGUCACAGCUGUCAGCAAUGUGAUGAAUCCUUUACAACAUCUGGAAAUUUAAAACGCCACCUGCUUAUUCAUACUGGAGAAAAACCGUACAGCUGUGAAGAGUGUGGGCAAACGUUCUCACAGUCAGGUCAUCUCAAAAUGCAUCAACGUAUUCACACUGGAGAAAAACCAUACAGCUGUGAAGAGUGUGGGAAAACGUUCACUAGAUCAGGUUAUCUCAAAAAACAUCACCGUAUUCACUUGGGAGAAAAAACGUACAGCUGUGAAGAGUGUGGCCAAACGUUCACUAGAUCAAGUGAUCUCAAAAAACAUCACCGUAUUCACUUGGGAGAAAAAACGUACAGCUGUGAAGAGUGUGGGAAAACGUUCACUAGAUCACAUCAUCUCAAAACACAUCAACGUAUUCACACUGGAGAGAAACCGUACAGCUGUAAAGAGUGUGGGCAAACGUUCACUCAAUCAAGUAAUCUCCAAACACAUCAACGUAUUCACACUGGAGGAAAAUCAUACAGCUGUGAAGAGUGUGGGCAAACAUUCACAACAUCACAUGCUCUCAAAACACAUCAGCCUUGUCACACUGGAGAAAAAACAUACAUCUCUGAAGAGUGUGGGAAAACAUUCACAACAUCAGGUGCUCUCAAAACACAUCAUCAUGGUCACACUGGAGAAAAACGAUACAGCUGUCAAGAGUGUGGGCAAACAUUCUCGACAUUGUAUUAUCUUAAAUCACAUCACCGUAUUCACACGGGAGAGGAACCGCAUAGCUGUGAAGAGUGUUGCAAAACGUUCGCAACAUCACGUUCUCUCAUAACCCAUCAACGUAUUCACACAGGAGAGAAACCGUACAGCUGUGAAGUGUGUGGGCAAACGUUCACUACAUCAGGUCCUUUCAUAUCACAUAAACGUAUUCACACUGGAGAAAACCCGUACAGCUGUGAAGAGUGUGGGCUAUCGUUCACUCAAUCAGGUCAUCUCAAAAUCCAUCUACGUAUUCACACAGGAGAGAAACCUUACAGCUGUGAAGAGUGUGGGCAAACGUUCACUCAAUCAGUUCAUCUCAAAACACAUCAACGUAUUCACACAGGAGAAAAACCUUACAGCUGUGAAGAGUGUGGGAAAACGUUCACUCAAUCAGGUUCUCUCCAAAUACAUCAACGUAUUCACACUAGAGCGAAACAGUACAGCUGUGAAGAGUGUGGGCUAACGUUCACAACAUCAGGUGCUCUCAAAACACAUCAACGUGUUCACACUGGAGAGAUACCGUACUGGUGUGAAGAGAUGCCGUUUUCUCCCUAACCCAGUGGUUCUCAAGCUUUUUCCGUCAGGAGAAGAAAAAAAAAGUCGGGCCCCCCCAACACAAAUAGUCACGUAAUGGGCCAAGUUAACAUUUAUUAAAAUACAUCAAUAUUAACGUUCACUUUGUUGGAACAGUGAUAGUAAAACAAUUCUCCAGAAGUCUGUGUGCUCAAAAAAAAAAAUACAUAAUAUAAUUGUGCAAUCCUUUUGCUAGAACAAUAAAUUAUAAUACUUUGCCACUUUGCAAUCUGUGCUAAAAAAUGUAAAGAAAGAAGAUGCUGAUAUUUGGCAGUAAAGUGCGUCUUAUCACAGCAUUAAGGAAGAGUUCAUUCAGCCAAUCUUCUUUUUCUUUUAAAGCUGCACAACAGUGGAACUCAAUCCCAGUAAAGAUUAGAGAACAAAACACCUGCAGUUUAUUUAAAUCUAACUUAAAAACAUGGUUAGUGGAAAAUCAGCUCUGUCAACACUGACACAAUCUGCACUUUACAACGCUCUGUUUGUACAUGUGCCUUGACCUGUUGCUAUCUGUCUGCUUUGUGAAUAUGUAUUUUAGUUGAGUUUUUAUGUUUUUAUAUAUGCUUUUAUCAUAAUAUAAGCAUCUAUGUUGAAUGUUGUUUUACUGAUUGUAUUUACCUGUCACUUGAAGUGAAUCUUUUUUUUAAGGAUGACUUUCAACAUCUGUCCAGGGACUGCAGAUGAAAAAUAGCCUGUUGGCUAACU